AUGGCUCUUGUUGUAGACCAGCAACAGCCACAAGACAAACACUAUUGUCGGAUUUGCAAGAAAGGUUUUGCGUGUGGUCGGGCUCUAGGGGGUCACAUGAGGACUCAUGGAAUCAGCGAAGACAUUUCCAAUAUGGAUGAUGACGACGAAGAUCACACGAGCUACGAAUGGGCUCCAAACGCUAGCAAACGCAUGUACGCGCUCCGGACCAAUCCUAAUAGACUCAAGAGCUGUCGAGUUUGCGAGAAUUGUGGCAUAGAGUUCUCUUCGUGGAAGUCAUUUCUUGAACAUGGAAAAUGCAACUUAGAGGAAGCUGACUCGGACACUGUAGAAUCGUUUCAUGAGUCAGACUUUGAUCAGGAAGGUGUUCCAAAAGAAGGAUAUGAGCACAAUAGGUCAAAGAGAAAGCGGUCCUUUAGGGCUAAAGUUGGCAGCAUUUUUAACCCUACUUGUCCUUCGACCGAGGAGGAAGACCUCGCUCAUUGCCUUAUGAUGCUAUCCAAUGGAAUAGUUGAGCCGGUUGCUGUUGCCGAGACCGAGGAAUCUUGCGCCUUUGCAAUCAAAGAUGAAGAGAAACGACACCAUUUGAAUCUUUAUAACCAAAGUGACAAGAUCCCGACACAAUAUGAAAAGGCAAAAUUAGUCAUCCCAAAAGGAUUGUUUGAGUGCAAAGCAUGCAAAAAAGUAUUUAAUUCUCAUCAAGCACUUGGUGGACACCGAGCCAGUCAUAAAAAGGUGAAAGGUUGCUUUGCAGCCAAACUUGAUCACACCGAUGAUAAUGAAGCGGAUCAAGUCCAUGGUAUGAUCACACAAAAGGAGUUGUAUCAUACUAACCUACAAUAUGACCAUCAAAACGGAUCUUCUGUUAAGAAGAAGGCAAAAGUACACGAGUGUUCCAUAUGUUACCGUGUGUUUUCCUCUGGACAAGCUCUUGGAGGGCACAAAAGAUGUCACUGGAUCACAUCAAAAUAUUCACCGGACCACGCAAAAUUCGAUAACAGUCAAUUUUACAAUCAAGCUGACGUUGCAAUAAACAAUAUUUCCAAGGAUUCGGAAACACUUGAUCUUACACUUGAUCUCAACUUCAAUGCCUUGGGUGGUAAGCCACAAAACAACCAAAUUUCUCAAGAGGUUUUUUUAUCACCAUGGGUAAAAGGCGACGGAUGUGAAAAGGACAAAACCUACACAACAAAAGAGAAGAUAGAGAAUUUAACGGACGAUGAAACAGUGACAAAGACAAAAUUUGCUAAGCUAGUUGAACUUAAAGAAAUGAACACAAGUGAAACUUCAUCGCAUUGGUUACAGGUUGGUCUUGGUUCGACUUCAAGUCAAGCGGGAAGUGAUCUUUAG